GGCGGUAAAGCGCUGAAGCUAGCGGACGCGCGUUGGCGUGUUUACAGAAGAAGACGGAGGGGCAUGGUGGACUCCAGGAGAAAUGUUUGCCCUUAGCGUUACCAGGAGUCGAGUGUUUCUCACAGCCCUGUCCAGGCAUGGAGCCACGCCUAACAUUGCAGGUUUGUGUCUCAGAAGUAUAGCCACCAUCCAACAAGAGGCCAAAAUAAAUGACAUGCCCAUCAAAAUGGAAAAUCCAUUCAAACAGCCUCAGAAAGGAUGCAUUCUUUGCAACAUGUCAGUAGAUUACAAAAAUGUUCAGCUGUUGUCACAGUUCAUCUCACCCCACACAGGCAGAAUAUAUGGAAGGCACAUAACAGGCUUGUGUGGUCGGAAACAAAGAGAGGUCACCAGAGCAAUCAAGAGGGCUCGAUCAAUGGGUUUCAUGUCCAUUACACUGAAGGAGCCACAGUUUAUGAAAGAUCCCAACGUUUGUUCCAUCAGACACUUGGAUUAGCUUGAGUCCCGCCUGAAAGAUGUGAAGGUUAUACCUUUGAUUAAUUCAAUAAAAAUCUGACCGUGUUAACCCUUUUA